AUGAAUCCAACUAUUAACAAUCCACGUUCCCCAUUCACCCGUUCGCGGGGUAUUUUCGGAUCCAUGGGAUCCUUCGACUUUACCGAGCAGCAGCAGCAGCAGCCGGAGCUGCAGGUCCCCCCCGAAGGUUCCGGCGACAAGAAUGGACUCAAUGCGAUGCCCUUCCUAGGCCAAAUCCACACCAGUCCUCUGCUGUCCCGCCCAAUGGGUCCAAUAGUUCGCUCACACCCCCCCACCAUCCCUCCGAUAGGGGAUUCAGAUGGAUUCAAUGCUGUGCCACAGAUGGCAUCGAUGGGACCACCGCCCGUGUUGAGCUCCCUCUGGACAGGCGGCGCUUCUCCGGACAGCCGCGGAGACUACUACGACGGCCCGCACGAAGAGUACUCCGACGGCCGCUACGAUGGCGACUACGAGGGCGAUUACUCGAUGCCUACCGAGGAGGAUCAAGAGGAGGUGUCGUGCUCCUGUCAGAGCCAGACCUGUCAGAGCCAGAGCGAGUUCAGGAGUGGGAGGAGCUCUCCGACGGCCCUUCCCACAGGGUCUCCCCGCUGGAGUCCCUCGGCGCAGUCGCGCUCUCCACAAUGCAGCCGGAGCACCUCCGCUGUGGUCAAGGUCGUGCUGCUGGUGCUACAGAUGCUGUGCUGCGCGGUGUUCUGGCUGGUCGAGAAGACCGUGGGCAUCAACGAAACCGUCGGCUCGACGGGCCUCCGAUUGUGGAACAGCAAGUUCAAGCUGCGCACCAUCCAGCGCCAGUUGCUGUGGCGCAUGGCUAAUGCCCGGGGCGUGCUCAUGACCACGCCCUGGCUGUUCUUCAUCAACCUCCUGGGAUUCAUCCUGUCCCUGGCGGCGCUCCUGAAGAAGACCGUCAAGGAGCUGGUGUUCCAGAUACGUCUGCACCUCGUGCUCUAG